AUGGUACAGGCCGUCCUUGCUCGUGUCCAUUGUGCGGUGCACGACGGGGAGCGUGCCCAGUGUGCGGUGCACGACGGGGAGCGUGCCCAGUGUGCGGUGCACGACGGGGAGCGUGCCCAGUGUGCGGUGCACGACGGGGAGCGUGCCCAGUGUGCGGUGCACGACGGGGAGCGUGCCCAGUGUGCGGUGCACGACGGGGAGCGUGCCCAGUGUGCGGUGCACGACGGGGAGCGUGCCCAGUGUGCGGUGCACGACGGGGAGCGUGCCCAGUGUGCGGUGCACGACGGGGAGCGUGCCCAGUGUGCGGUGCACGACGGGGAGCGUGCCCAGUGUGCGGUGCACGACGGGGAGCGUGCCCAGUGUGCGGUGCACGACGGGGAGCGUGCCCAGUGUGCGGUGCACGACGGGGAGCGUGCCCAGUGUGCGGUGCACGACGGGGAGCGUGCCCAGUGUGCGGUGCACGACGGGGAGCGUGCCCAGUGUGCGGUGCACGACGGGGAGCGUGCCCAGUGUGCGGUGCACGACGGGGAGCGUGCCCAGUGUGCGGUGCACGACGGGGAGCGUGCCCAGUGUGCGGUGCACGACGGGGAGCGUGCCCAGUGUGCGGUGCACGACGGGGAGCGUGCCCAGUGUGCGGUGCACGACGGGGAGCGUGCCCAGUGUGCGGUGCACGACGGGGAGCGUGCCCAGUGUGCGGUGCACGACGGGGAGCGUGCCCAGUGUGCGGUGCACGACGGGGACCUGGGCCAGGCCGAGCCUUCCUGCAGGUCUGUGCCGGGGGUGCCCAUCCCCCGGUACCAGCUGUGCCCAGCACCCAGUGCAAGGCCCUGGGCAGCCUACCCCCAUCCCCCGGUACCAGCUGUGCCCAGCACCCAGUGCAAGGCCCUGGGCAGCCUACCCCCAUCCCCCGGUACCAGCUGUGCCCAGCACCCAGUGCAAGGCCCUGGGCAGCCUACCCCCAUCCCCCGGUACCAGCUGUGCCCAGCACCCAGUGCAAGGCCCUGGGCAGCCUACCCCCAUCCCCCGGUACCAGCUGUGCCCAGCACCCAGUGCAAGGCCCUGGGCAGCCUACCCCCAUCCCCCGGUACCAGCUGUGCCCAGCACCCAGUGCAAGGCCCUGGGCAGCCUACCCCCAUCCCCCGGUACCAGCUGUGCCCAGCACCCAGUGCAAGGCCCUGGGCAGCCUACCCCCAUCCCCCGGUACCAGCUGUGCCCAGCACCCAGUGCAAGGCCCUGGGCAGCCUACCCCCAUCCCCCGGUACCAGCUGUGCCCAGCACCCAGUGCAAGGCCCUGGGCAGCCUACCCCCAUCCCCCGGUACCAGCUGUGCCCAGCACCCAGUGCAAGGCCCUGGGCAGCCUACCCCCAUCCCCCGGUACCAGCUGUGCCCAGCACCCAGUGCAAGGCCCUGGGCAGCCUACCCCCAUCCCCCGGUACCAGCUGUGCCCAGCACCCAGUGCAAGGCCCUGGGCAGCCUACCCCCAUCCCCCGGUACCAGCUGUGCCCAGCACCCAGUGCAAGGCCCUGGGCAGCCUACCCCCAUCCCCCGGUACUGGCUGUGCCCAGCACCCAGUGCAAGGCCCUGGGCAGCCUACCCCCAUGCCCCGGUACCGGCUGUGCCCAGCACCCAGUGCCAGGCUCUGGACAGCCUACCCCAUCCCCCGGUACAGGCUGUGCCCAGCACCCAGUGCCAGGCUCUGGACAGCCUACCCCAUCCCCCGGUACAGGCUGUGCCCAGCACCCAGUGCCAGGCUCUGGACAGCCUACCCCAUCCCCCGGUACAGGCUGUGCCCAGCACCCAGUGCCAGGCUCUGGACAGCCUACCCCAUCCCCCGGUACAGGCUGUGCCCAGCACCCAGUGCCAGGCUCUGGACAGCCUACCCCAUCCCCCGGUACAGGCUGUGCCCAGCACCCAGUGCCAGGCUCUGGACAGCCUACCCCAUCCCCCGGUACAGGCUGUGCCCAGCACCCAGUGCCAGGCUCUGGACAGCCUACCCCAUCCCCCGGUACAGGCUGUGCCCAGCACCCAGUGCCAGGCUCUGGACAGCCUACCCCAUCCCCCGGUACAGGCUGUGCCCAGCACCCAGUGCCAGGCUCUGGACAGCCUACCCCAUCCCCCGGUACAGGCUGUGCCCAGCACCCAGUGCCAGGCUCUGGACAGCCUACCCCAUCCCCCGGUACAGGCUGUGCCCAGCACCCAGUGCCAGGCUCUGGACAGCCUACCCCAUCCCCCGGUACAGGCUGUGCCCAGCACCCAGUGCCAGGCUCUGGACAGCCUACCCCAUCCCCCGGUACAGGCUGUGCCCAGCACCCAGUGCCAGGCUCUGGACAGCCUACCCCAUCCCCCGGUACAGGCUGUGCCCAGCACCCAGUGCCAGGCUCUGGACAGCCUACCCCAUCCCCCGGUACAGGCUGUGCCCAGCACCCAGUGCCAGGCUCUGGACAGCCUACCCCAUCCCCCGGUACAGGCUGUGCCCAGCACCCAGUGCCAGGCUCUGGACAGCCUACCCCAUCCCCCGGUACAGGCUGUGCCCAGCACCCAGUGCCAGGCUCUGGACAGCCUACCCCAUCCCCCGGUACAGGCUGUGCCCAGCACCCAGUGCCAGGCUCUGGACAGCCUACCCCAUCCCCCGGUACAGGCUGUGCCCAGCACCCAGUGCCAGGCUCUGGACAGCCUACCCCAUCCCCCGCGAACGAAGGGGCGAUCUUGCUGCAGCAGGUGGCCCUGCCCCUGGUCACGGUGAGCCAGUGCCAGCAAUACUGGGGCAACCGCAUCACCAGCUCCAUGAUCUGCGCGGGAGGGGCCGGCGCAUCCUCCUGCCAGGCGCUCACUGGUCGGCAGCAGAAGACUGAACUGACGUCCCACUCAGCCAGUUUCCUGCCGGUCCCUUUGGUGACCGUGACCAUUAUUUCAGACCCGUAUGUGGUGAGUGGCUGCUCUUCAGGCUAG